UUUCAACGUAUCCACCUCCCCAAAUUGCCGAAGCAGCGCCACCAACCACACCAUUUCUCGUCCUCCUCCUGCCCACACGACACAAACAAACACACACCGCACUCCCAGUCAAGCAAGACCGGCUGACAAGCCUCCACAGCACACACAGCACAAACAGCAAAGCACAAAGAUGGCGAGUCGUCUCUUUGGCCGCUCCAAGCCGAAGCAGCCCGGCCCUUCCAUGACAGAGAUCAUCGCAAACACGGACAGCAGGGCGGCGUCUGUUGACAAGAAGAUCGCACAGCUGGAUGAGCAGCUCAAGCAAUGCAAACAGAAGAUGAGCAAGAUGCGGGAAGGCCCAGCGAAGCAACGCGUCAAGCAACAAGCGCUCCGCAUCCUGCGACAACGCAAGACAUAUGAGCAGCAGUAUGGCAAGUUGCAGCAGCAGUCCUUCAACCUGGAGCAGCAGAACUACGCCGUACAGUCGCUCAAGGACACACACGCCACCGUUUCCGCCAUGAGGGAAGGCAAGAAGGCCAUGCAGACAGAGUUCAAGAAGAUUAACAUCAACGACAUCGAGGAUAUUCAAGACGAUAUGGAGGAUCUGAUGGAAGACCACGACGAAAUCCAAGAGAUUUUGGGCAGGACAUAUGGCAUGGAGGAUGUGGAUGAAGGCGACCUCGAAGCUGAGUUUGAGGCGUUGGGCGAGGAUCUUGACGACGCGCUCCUCGACGAACUCACAGAUGUGCCGACGUCAGAGCCGACAGUGGUGGAGGAUGUGCCCAAACCAGCGCAACACGAAUCCAAGGAGGUUGACGAGUUUGGUCUGCCAUAUCUCUAAGCAUCCAAUGGAUGGAUGAACGGCCUGUCUUUGCCAUGCUGAUGAUGAUGAUGAUGAUGAUGAUGAUGAUGAUGAUGAUGAUGAUGAUGAUGACUUGUUCUGUUACAUGUGCGAGCGAGGUACAGCGUGUCACAGCACCUUCCUUCUCUUCUUGUCCUUAUUGCUGCGUGCGAUACGCACCACUCUGUUUCCUUCCUUCCUCAUGCCUGCCACCGGUUCGGUGACACGUGCACCUGCUUGCGUGCUUGAUGAUUUGCUCAUUUUUUUUUUUUUUGCUCAUUGUCAACACGUAAACAAAACCAAUCCCACAGUGCACACAAGUAAAAGCACAG